UCCCGGCCCAGUAGUUGCAGUCGCGCGCGCACAUCGCGAGCACGCGACUCUUCCUUCCUUCCUUCCUUCCUUCCUUCCUUCCACUUUCGUACGUCUCUCGCUGUAUGCUUGUGUGUAUACAGUGUAUGUAACAAGUGUCUAUGUGUGACGUAGCCGAGGAUCGACUAAACAGUCGGAGAGCUUAUUAUUCGGAGCGUUGCCGCGCUGGAUGUUGACGACGCGCGCUACCUUAUACACGUAUUAAUACAAUUUAUACGCCCUCUCGAGUGCGAGGAUAUUUUUCGGCGUGUGCUUGUGCGCGAGGAUAUCUCUUAUUAUUGUAGAAGACGACGACGGAGGAACACCGGCGGAGAUCGAGGUCUAAUCAGCGUGAAAAAUCGGCCCUGACGUUUGUCAUCGCGAUCAUACAGCCGCGCUUAUACACUCUCCUCGACAAAAAAAAAAAAUUCCGCCCCAAAAAACAAAAGAAGAGGGAAGACGUGCGUCUCGACGGCAGCCGUCAAAGGAAUUCCAAGCGGUCCACAAAGCCGCUGCUGCUGCUGCUGCUGUGUCUAGGCAUCGUCGGUGCGGUGCCGCCUCUUGUGUGUAUAUGCGCUGCGCGCGAGCGGUCGUUUGUAUACCAUGAGCAGUGUCCUCCGAGUAAAAAGAAAGGAGCUACCCGGAUAAGUCCAAGUUUAAGGGAGAGAGAAAAAGCGAAGCGAAGAGCUGUACGAUAGAUGCUCGAAGUGGCGGAGUCGAACGCGGGGGAUAAGGAUGGCUCGUGAUUGUCGCUUCGCAGCGACGAGGAUGACGAUGAGGCUACUGCUGGCGUUGGCGCUUUGCGCUGCCUUCUGUCACGGUCUACCAGUAGCCGAGGACGCAACGGAGCCAUCGCCGCCGACGACGACGACGACGACGACGACGACGACGAGCUCCAGCAGUAUCGAGACGCCUCAGGCGACCACCAGCCCGAGCUCGUCCCCACAACUACCCGAGGGUCACCCGAUGGACGACCUGCUACCCGGUAGCAGUCAAGCUCCUCUACCGGCUCAGCUGAUCUUCGUGGACGCUCCUCAGCACAUCGAGACCGAGCUGGCCGCUUCGGUGCUUCUCGCUUGCAGGACCGCAGAACCCGUAGCCGAGUGCCAAUGGUCCUGGCAACCACUGCCGCCCACGCAUCUACCCCUGCCCAACAUCGAGGAGCCUACGGCCACUCAGUCCGUGCCGCAUUCGAACGACGUGAGCCAGAACGCAACGACGUCGUCGACGUCGCUGUCGCUGCCGGUGCGAACGUUCCCGGCUUUCGGGAACGCGAGCAACGACUGCUCGGUGAGGUUCUCGAACGUGAAGCACGAGCAAACCGGCUACUGGAGCUGCGCCGCCCGUAGAGCCGACGAGGAGACUUUCACGAGCACGCCGCCGGCCAAACUCAGCAUCGUCCACGUUGACACCGCGAGUCUGAUCCGGUUCGUCCAGCAAGAAGGUUCCCUGGAGACACCGGCAGGCACGGCGGCUCGACUUCCCUGUCGCACGACCUCGCCGGUUCGCGAGUGCCAGUGGUCCUGGCGCCAGCUGAAUCAGUCCCAGCCAUGGGACGCCGAGAUGCGCAAGUUUCCGGUCUCGGGCAACGAAAGUACCGUCUGCGAUCUUGGACUGCCCGCCGUCAGGUCGGAGCACGAGGGCUUCUGGACGUGCGGGGCUAGAGUAGUGUCCAGCUCUCCGUUCGUCCAGGCGCCACCCAUCAGGCUUCUCAUCUCCGAAGUGGAGUUUGUGCAACUGUCGCGAGGCAUCCAGAUAACAGCCGGCGAGACGGUCUUCCUGCGCUGUCUGGUGAACAAGCCGGUCUUCCAGUGCGAGUGGAGCUGGCGGCCCAGCAACUCGAGCAAGAACUCGACGGUCGUCAAGAAGUUCGGUCCUAAUAAAGAGACCGAUCACGACUGCUCGGUCAGAUUCAAGAACAUACUCUACGAGGAGGAGGGACUCUGGACCUGCGGCGUCAGACUCACGCCCGAUGGUAUCCUGCACGAGGCGCCUUCUACCACCGUCACGCUUUUGCCCUCCGGUAAGGUGAACUUUACGGAAACGCCGGAGAACACCUCGGCAGCAGUGGGCUCGGAAGCGACGCUGCGUUGCGCGACAAACGGCCGCAUCGAGCGAUGCGCCUGGACGUGGCGAGCGUUGGGUAGCCCCAGUGACGCUGAACCCCAGACGCUGCACGAGUUCCCGAGUCACGGUGAUCUCGGACGCAACUGCAGUCUUACGCUCAACAACGUCGGCACGGAUGAACAGGGAUACUGGACCUGCCACGUCUACCUCGCUGCGUUGAACAGCGAGAUGACACCCCCGCCGCCUGCCAAACUCACGGUCUACCAGGAGGAAGACGUGACGUUCUCGGAGCUGUCGCAGGACAUUCAGAUCUCCUCGGGAGGCACGGUAAGUCUUCGCUGCGUGACCUCCGGUCGCGUGGAGCAGUGUCGCUGGUCGCUCACACCCGAGGGCUCAGCCAACACGACCGUCGUGGUGAAGCAGUUCGCUCCGGCGGGCGCGGAGGCGCGCGACUGUAGCGUCAAGCUCUCGCACGCACUUCAGGAACAAGAGGGCCUCUGGACCUGCGGCGCCAGGCUACACGCCAGACAGAACUACACGGACGCGCCGCCAGCCAGGCUCAGCCUCAUCGAACCAGAGCCCAUCACCGUAACGGUCUGGGGCGUGCCGCAUCAGAUGGUGAAUCUAGCUUGCAAAACGGGCCUCGUGACACCGGACGCCAAAUGUUUCUGGCUGCACGAGCCGGAAUUGCGAUUGUCCGAGGUCGUCAACUUUACGAGGAAAAUGAAGUACACCGUCAUGAUGAAUCAUACUACAGGUGUGUGUAGCCUUCAGUUCACACCAGACGAUCACGAUUUUGGCGAGUGGGAGUGCGAGUUCCUCGUGAACAAUUCGCACGUACAGGCGGAAUUAGGCUCCGCCUCGAUUCUGUUGAUGAACAACUCGCCUGAUCAACAGCUCGGCUGGCUGGUAGGCGCGGUUACAUCGACCGUCCUCUUCCUCUUGAUCCUCGUCGUUGUAGUGGUGGUCUGCAAGACUCGUCUCUGCACUCGCAAGAUACCAGCCUUCCUCGAGACGCUUCCCUCAUCAGAGAGAAAGAGGAACGGCUCCAACAGCAACGGGAUCAUUGAUAGCGGUGCAGUUGCUGCUCCGGAGCGAUACGCUCACGGCCCGCCGAAGAUCGACCUGAGCUACGCUAAUCCGAACUUCCUGUCCGCUCCCGAGAGCAUCCGCAGUGUUCUACCAAAUAGAAGUCCUCAUCUGUACGAGCGAGUUGGCAGACGGGGCGACACGCCACCGGCGAAGAGCUACGAGAACGCCAAGGAGACUUAGAGCGAUGAAGCUUUGUCCUUUGGUGGCGAAUUGUUAUUUUUCUUUUCUGAAAGAAAGGGAAGUCCAUGGAUGUUUAAAGAUUUUUUUUGAGAAAGAAAUUCGAAACUUUAAAUUUUAAUUGAUAAAAACUCACUUCAGCGAGUCAAGCUGGGACUGAAUGUCAUCUAAUUUGUGAUAAAGAUCCCACAGUUGAGUCUUGUUCAUUUCUACAGUAAGUUUGGAAUUUUCAGAACCCCCGAAACUCAAUUGGAGUUUUGCCAAUGGCUUUGCUUCCUUGGCUGCUGCUGUUGAAGCUGCUUUGACAUCUACGCUCCAACUCACGUCUGUAACCUGUUACAUCAAGAAAUUGUAAUCAUAUACUGUUAAUAAAAGUAAUUUUUUUAA